AUGGCACAUGGGGAUGGGAAGAAGCGAGGAGGGGCGGCGGGGAGGAGCAUCGACGAUUUCAUGCGGAAGAAGACGAAGAGAGGAGAAGAGGAUUGCGAUGAAGAUGAUCCCACCAAGAAGGGCAAGUCGCUCCAUGGUGCGGCUGAGGCAGGCGACUGGCGGGAAGCGAGCGGGGAGUCGGAGAGCUGGGACAAGGGGCAGCUUGUGAAACUGCGGGCGAUCUUGCAGGAUUCGGUGCCAUGGAACGACGCAGAGUUUCCUCCUGAGAGGAAGUCGAUCGAGGGUCCACAAGAGCCGACGACCAAUCAGACUCGUCCGGGUGCCGUUCCUCACUGUAGAUGUAACAAGGUAGCCAAGUCGUCCAUCGUGCAGAAGGAUACGCCCAACAAAGGGCGUCCGUACUACCACUGCGAGGAGAGGCAGUGCGGCUUCUUUGCCUGGGCUGACAACAGGCGGUCGUCCAUCAGAGAUUACACCUGGAAACGGUUCCCUUCCUUCGUCCUCGUCACCGAUUUCGGGUUCUCAGCGCAGGACCUGCAGCAGGGGGGGAUAGGAGACUGCUGGUUUCUGUCUGCUCUGGCAGUCGUAGCAGAGCGACACGAUCUCAUUGCGAAGCUCUUCUACGACACCGCUCCCAACGCGAACGGCUGCUACAUGAUUCGCCUCUUCCUCGACGGAUCCUGGCAGACCAUCCUUGUCGACGAUCAGCUCCCCUGCACGAGGAGCCCGCGGAGGCCCGAGCACGCGCUGGAGACCAACCUCGCCUUCUCUAGGGGACAGAACUGCCAGCUGUGGGUGAGCCUGCUGGAGAAGGCGUAUGCCAAGGCCCAUGGCAGCUACCGGGCGAUCUCAGGAGGAGAGAUAGCUGAGGCUUUGCUGGACUUGACUGGGGCUCCGACGCUGACCAUCAACUUCGACAGCCCGGACUUCAGCAUGGAGCACCUGUGGGACCAGCUGCUCUACUUCAAGUCUCAGGGGUUCCCGAUGGGAUGCGCGACGGGAGGGGACGCGGAGCUGAAGGAAGUGGGUCUGUGUGGGAACCAUGCGUACUCGAUCCUCGAGUGCCGGGAGGUGCCUGACAGGAGGGGGAGGGACGGGAUGGUGCGGCUGGUGAGGAUACGAAACCCUCAUGGGGUUGGGGAGUGGAAUGGCGACUGGAGCGACGCGUCGGAGAAAUGGAGCGGGAUGAUCUGUGAAGGGCUAGAGCGAACGGGAGUCAACGACGGGACUUUCUGGAUGGACUUCACCCACUUUGUGAUGGGCUUCUCGCUGGUGGACGUCUGUUUCGCGUACAGGGACUGGCAGGCUCGGUCCUUCCAGAACUCUUUCUGCGCCAAGUCCUCGCCGCUCAGAGUGUGCCGAGACAUCUACAGGGUACGAACGGUGACGCCAACAAGGAUGAUCGUCAUGGUCCUGCAGCCGAACAGGAGAGGGUCGUGGUGUCGAGCAGAUCGGAAGAAGAGCUACAAGCCAGGAGACGUCAGCCUCUUCGUUGCCAAGCUCAACAGGGAGGGAGGGGUCGAGUCUGUGCUCUGUGGUGGCCUCUUUGGAGCUCAGGGGAGCCAUCGUUGCGUGCUCAGUGUGGAGCUGGAGGACGGCGAUGCUGACUACCUCGUGCUCCCCUUCAACCUGGGAUCUCCUCCUCUCGCUGCUGAGGUCAGCAAGGCGCAGCCUUUCACGCUGCGGUUCUUCUACGAGCAGCAGGUCAGCAUCGCGCCCGCUGCCUUCCACGAGUCUCAUGCUCCCCUCGCCCUGCGCGUCUUCCACAAGGGCCUCGUGCUGCCCAAGAGGAGGAGGGUCGACAUCCGAGACAUCUAUCAUCCCUUCUCUCAUCGCCUCUACGACCUCGGAGGCGACUGUCUCCUCCUUGUCACUCUCUCUCAAGGCGUCGCCGUCUGCUCGGCCAUCAACCGCGGUCGCCGUCGCGCGAACUUUGAGGUGAAGGUGGAGGCGAAGGUGAUGAUUGCGAGGGGAGGAGGAGGAAUACUCGAGAACCGCAAAGAGCAGGCAGAGGAGCUGAACAAGAAACUCAGCGAGCAGAAAGGAUCCUCCGCCUCCUCCUCCUCUUCCUCCUCGUUCGGCUUCAAGUGGGUUGCCAAGUGGAAGGUGUUCGAAUGUUCUUGCCCCGUCUCCGGCACCCUCGAGGACUCGCGGGGGCACCAGCGCGUCCUCCUUGUCCUCGUGCCCAACGGCCUCCAGUCUCAGAUCCGCAAGAUCUCCUGCACGGUCACGAACAAGGAGGAGGAGGCCGAGGAGGAGGCGAAGAAGGAGAAGAAGAGGAUGACUGACUGGCUGGUGGGCGGCAAGAAGAGCUUGGUAGACUCUCUCUUCGCUGAGGUCCCGGUAGAGGACGACACCGUAGCGCUGCUGUCUCGGCAGCGGCCAAACAUGAAGGUUGGGGGCAGGGAGGACUCGUUCACUGUGAGGGAGGAGGAGCUGAUGGAGGAUGCUGUAAUGGCAGCGAUGAUCGAGUCUGCUCGAGAGGAGGAGAUGAAGGCGCUUAAGGAGCUAGAGGAGCACGAGGUGGCGGCGGCGGUGGCUCAGUCGAUGCAAGAGGAGAGGAGGAGGGAGGAGCGACAGAGGAGGGAGGAGGAGGGGAUGUGGGGAGAGUGGGGGACGGGGGGGAGGAGAGACGAGCGAGAGUGGAAAGGGGAAAGAGAAAGAUCAGCUGGAGCUGGAGCUGGAGCUGGAGCUGGAGCUGGAGCUGGGGGGAAAGGGGAAAGCGAAGCAGUCAUUAUCAUUGACGAUGAUCCUGCUGAAGACGUUGGGGGAGGGAAGAGGAGUGAUCAAGAAAUGGGUGGUGGUAGCAAGAAGAAUGGAGGAGGAAGAGGAGGAGGAGGAGAUGAAGUAAUCAUCAUCGACCAAGAGGAAGAGGAGGAGGAUCCAGGUCACAAGCACAAGGGAGGAGGGGAAGAGAAGCGAGAGGAGGCGAAGGUUUUGACGCGCGAUGAGCUUCGGGCAGCUCGGUUGAAGUUCUUUCAGGGAGGAAUGCGGGAAUGA